AUGGAACCUCGGGACCCCAGCGAGCCCCAGCCCGGGGCAGAGACCGCGGCGGCCCCGCGCUGGCCGGAAGCCAAGACUGUCCACGACAAGACUGUCGCGUCCAAGAAGAAACCCAAAUCGCCCAAGCCCCAGAACGCAGUCACCAUCGCCGUGUCCUCGAGAGCCUUGUUCCGAAUGGACGAGGAGCAGCGGAUCUACACGGAGCAGGGCGUGGAGGAGUACGUGCGCUACCAGCUGGACCACGAGAACGAGCCGUUCAGCCCGGGGCCCGCCUUCCCCUUCGUGAAGGCCCUGGAGGCUGUGAACAGGAGGCUGCGGGAGCUGUACCCCGACAGUGAGGACCUUUUCGAUAUCGUCCUCAUGACCAACAACCACGCGCAAGUGGGAGUGCGUCUCAUCAACAGUAUCAACCACUACGACCUGUUCAUCGAGCGGUUCUGCAUGACGGGUGGGAACAGCCCCAUCUGCUACCUCAAAGCCUAUCACACCAACCUCUACUUGUCAGCGGAUGCGGAAAAGGUGCGGGAAGCCAUCGAUGAAGGGAUUGCAGCCGCCACCAUCUUCAGCCCCAGCAAGGACGUGAUGGUGUCCCAGAGCCAGCUGCGUGUGGCCUUCGACGGGGAUGCCGUGCUCUUCUCAGAUGAGUCGGAGCGCAUUGUCAAGGCCCACGGGCUGGACAGGUUCUUUGAGCAUGAGAAGGCCCACGAGAACAAGCCUCUGGCCCAGGGCCCCCUAAAGGGCUUUCUGGAGGCACUGGGUAGGCUGCAGAAGAAGUUCUACUCCAAGGGCCUGAGGCUGGAGUGCCCAAUCCGCACCUACUUGGUGACAGCGCGCAGUGCAGCCAGUUCUGGUGCCCGGGCUCUCAAGACCCUGCGCAGCUGGGGCCUGGAGACAGACGAGGCCCUGUUCCUGGCCGGAGCACCCAAGGGCCCCCUCUUGGAGAAGAUCCGUCCACACAUCUUCUUUGACGACCAGAUGUUCCACGUGGCUGGGGCUCAGGAGAUGGGCACAGUGGCCGCCCAUGUGCCUUACGGUGUGGCACAGAUACCCCGGCAGCCUGCAGCAACAAAGCAGGCACCGUUUGCCCAGUAGCUGAGUGCCCGGGCCGACUUUAUCCGAGCCCCAUUGCUCCAGGCAUGGGGCUGGAUACUUCAGCACGCUGCCCAGUGGGCCCCGCUAGUUCCUCAGCUUCCACCUGCAGCCUGUCUGUCCUGAUCCCUGUGAGUGAGGCAUUCAUAGGAGGGGACACAGAUGGGACUGGUAUUCUCACUGCCCCUCCUUCUGGGUGGGCCCGGUCCUGGCAGGGAAGGUAAGACUAUGCAGAGCAGCUGGAUGGCAGUGGGAAGCUGAUGGCACUGAGGGUGGGGCGCCAGAGAAGCCGGGAUGCCUGCAAAGGGGCUUGGGAUGAAAACUAGCUCAGAGCUGUGCAAAGCACACUGCUCCGAGAUAGAGAGGCUGUGCCUGGGUUUAGCUGCAUGACUUUGAGUAAGCUCCUCCCUUCCACGGGCUUCAGGCUCCCCGUCUUUUAGGUGGUCUUCAGAGUCUCCUUUCGCCAAAGCUUGACUCUGUAAGGUCGCCCUCUUGGAAGGAAGCCUUCGAAGCCAGGGCUGCUGCUGGCCUGAGGGCCCCUCUGUGGCCAGACAGAAAGAUGCCCUCCAUUAGGAAAUAGCAGCCUUCCUCUGGGCAGGCCCAGGCCCAUCCUGGGAGGCACAGCUUGGUCAGCAGGACACAAGCUAGAUUUCAGCCCAGAGGACAAAUUGCACCUUGGUCCACAACAGCCUUAUCUAUCAUUUUCAGCAUUUGGAAAUCACUGGACAAAAUACCUAUCUGCUGUUUAUACCUGUGA